AAAGAGUUAAAUAUAUGCCAAUAACCUUGCUAAUGUAUUACCAGUAGAGAGAAUUCAUUGGGUAAUCGUAGGCACCUGAGUAGGAUGAGAUAGCUAGACCCAUUAAAGAAAGAAUCAUUCAGAGGGGGGUAAGACAGAUCUGUGGUCUCAGCACUUUGCGGAAAUCAUCCUUCUGUGAAAAGCUUGCUAGAACAGACCGGUGUUGAUGUGAAUUAACAUUUGAUUUCCCUGGAAGAUGUAAAAUAUCAGUACUCCCUCUAUCAGAUCCAGUUAACACCUGCCUGCUGUUGCAGAGAGAAACCUUCCCAAGAGACAGAGUUACAAUAAUGGGGAAGUCGGAAAGCCAAAUGGACAUAGUGGAAAAGUCGACCAAGUCAGUGAAGAAGUCCUGGAGUAUUGUGGAGAUUGGACUGUCAGUGUUACUCUUUCUGAUGACUUGUGCAGUGGUUGCACUUCUAGUCUUGUAUACAAGCAACAAAGAAAGUGUAUGCACAACAACAGGAUGUGUCACAGCGGCUGCACGAAUCAUUCAGAAUAUGGACCCAAGUAUCGAGCCCUGCACCGAUUUUUACCAAUAUGCUUGCGGUGGUUGGUUAAACAAACAUGUUAUCCCAGAAACCAGUUCCAGAUACAGUAUCUUUGAUAUACUUCGAGACGAGAUGGAGAUCAUUCUAAAAGGUUUGCUGGAGAUGCCAGAGCAAGAAGACCGUGACGCCUUCAAAAAAGCCAAAACUUUAUACAAAUCAUGCAUGAAUGAAAGUCUCAUUGAACAUAGAGACUCAUUACCUCUGUUAGAACUAUUAGCCAUGGUUGGAGAUUGGCCAGUUGCUUCUGCAGACUGGAAUCUUACCAAAGAGUCCGGUUGGAGCUUGGAGGAAAAGCUGUCACUUUUAAACUUCAAGUUCAACAAAAGAGUCCUUGUUGAUAUGUUUGUUUGGAACGAUGAUCGGGAGUCCAGCAAGAAUAUCAUUUAUAUUGACCAGCCAAGUCUUGGAAUGCCUUCUCGGGAUUAUUAUUUCAAUCGUGGAAACUAUCAAAAGAUAAGGGAAGCUUACCUGCAGUUUAUGAUUACCAUUGCAAAAAUGGUACGUGAGGACAAGAACCUGACGAAAGACGACAGCUUUGUUCAAGAAGAAAUGAGCCGUGUGAUGGAUCUGGAAACAGACAUAGCAAAGGCAACAGCCCCGUCAGAGGAACGCAAUGAUGUCACCUUGUUGUAUAACAAGAUGACCCUUGUCGAGUUCCAGCAAAAAUUUGCACUAGAUGAUUUCAACUGGACCGGUUUCGUACAAGGAGUUAUGGCCUCUGUAAAUAUUCAGCUCCACUCAGACGAGGAAGUGGUGGUUUAUGGGGCUCCUUAUUUACAUCAACUAAAAACUAUUCUAUCCAACUAUUCAGCCAGCACUCUACAAAAUUACCUUGUGUGGCGACUUGUUAUUGACCGAGUCAGCAGCUUAAGCAGACGUUACAAAGAUGCUCGGGCGAAUUACAGGAAGGCACUGUAUGGAACAACACUAGAAGAGGCUCGAUGGAGGGAAUGCGUGAGCUAUGUUAACAGCAACAUGGAGAAUGCCGUAGGAGCCAUGUAUGUCAAAGAAACAUUUGCUGGUGAGAGUAAGAGAAUGAUCAGCGACCUCAUAAAUAAAGUCCGUGAAGUAUUUAUAGAGACCCUGGAUGAACUGCAGUGGAUGGAUGGGAUGUCUAAGGAAAAAGCCCAAGAAAAAGCAACAGCCAUUAAGGAGCAAAUUGGGUACCCGGACUAUAUUUUGGAAGAUCAAAACGAUAAGUUGGAUCAGGAGUCUGCAGCACUAAACUUCAGCGAGGACCAGUACUUUGAAAAUAUAUUGGAGAUUUUAAGGGCCGGAGCACAAAAAAGCCUUAAAAAAUUGAGAGAACCGGUUGAUCAAGACGCUUGGAUUAUUGGAGCUGCAGUGGCCGAUGCCUUUUACUCACCAAACCGAAACCAAAUAGUCUUUCCUGCCGGCAUCCUUCAGCCUCCAUUUUUCAGUAAACAUCAGCCGCAAGCCUUAAACUUUGGUGGCAUCGGAAUGGUUAUUGGGCAUGAAAUCACCCACGGAUUUGAUGAUAAUGGGCGAAAUUUUGACAAGGAUGGUAACAUGUUUGACUGGUGGAGCAACUUCUCUGCCAUGCAUUUCAAGGACCAGUCACGGUGCAUGGUGUAUCAGUAUGGGAACUACACUUGGGAACUGGCCGGAGGGCAAAAUGUCAGUGGCAUCAUUACAUUAGGGGAGAACAUUGCGGAUAACGGAGGAGUCAGACAGGCAUACAAGGCGUAUUUAAAAUGGGUGGAAAGGAACGGAAAGGAGCCGAAACUACCUGGCCUGGACCUGACCUACAAGCAGCUUUUUUUCCUGAAUUUUGCACAGGUGUGGUGUGGAUCAUACAGACCGGAAUAUGCCAGACACUCCAUAAAGACAGAUGUUCAUAGUCCGUUCAAAUACAGAGUUAUGGGGUCCCUACAAAACUUUGAGGCGUUUGCAGAAGAAUUUAACUGCAAGAAGGGUACAAAGAUGAAUCCCGUAGAGAAAUGCCGAGUUUGGUAGAGAGAAGGAGGCUUAAGGUGGUCUUUAAAAUCACUCUGAAAAGGUCUGCUGGCCUGGCUCACACAUAUUGAACAGUUCUAGCCAAUUAUGUGCCUGGUGUUUUCUUGUCCAGAUCAGAGCUCUGGUGAGUGAUACAAAGCCAGGGUUAAGAAGCGACAGGUCUGCUGUUUUAGGAUUCAGCUAAAAAACAGGAGCAAGAGGCAACUCAGUAUGCUAUGUUUGUCUCUGCCAUCAAACGCUGUAAAAAGGACUGUUUUUAAUGGCUUGACUGUUACAAAAAUACCGCCAUCAGGUUCCAAAAAAAAAAAACUAGUUUUAAAAGGAUGUAUUUUUCAGCAGAUCUCCCUUUUAGUAAAUGUUAUACGUCUGUGGCCAACACUUCGUUGAAGUUUCCAGUGCGCCUCUUAUUAUUACUAACAACGCAAACAUUACAUUUACAUUAAACUGAAAAUAAUUUACCAAACCGUUCAGGCCUCGGAUUCCAGUAGUUGCGUUUUUUUUUUUUUUUUUGCUGUGACGGGGAAACGUUGAAUGUAUCAGUGGAAAAAAUAAAUCAGAUAAUUUUAUAUGAUUCUUAUUAAAUGUGUUAUAUAACUAGAGGAAAACAAGUAGGGGAUGCCUACAUAGCAAGACAAUCUUGCAUAUUUUUUUUUGUAUUAAAAAUGUAUAAAACCACAUAUUAAAAAAAAACUAUUUUCC